AUGGUAAGGCCACCCGUUGUUGCUGCAAAGAAAGGACAGUGGACUCCAGAUGAAGACAUCAAGUUGGUGAUUUACGUUCAGGAGCAUGGAGCAAGCAACUGGAGUCUUGUCCCUGAAAAUGCUGGAUUGAAGAGGAGCGGAAAAAGCUGCAGACUAAGAUGGGUGAAUCAUCUUCGUCCGGGUAUUAAAGUAGGAAAAUUUACUCAUGAAGAAGAGCUAAUAAUUAAACAUCAUCAUGCUCUGCUUGGCAACCGAUGGGCAGCUAUAGCCGCACACCUGACUGGUAGGACGGACAAUGACGUGAAAAACUACUGGUAUACCCAUAUGAAAAAGAAGCUGGAUAAAGUUGAUGGCCCUGUUGAUGAACCAACAAAGAACCCAGUUGCUCCUCCUUCCACCUUGGCUCUUGUUGCCGCUCCUCCUGCCGUGGCUCCUACUCUUCCUCCUACCCUGGAUCCUGCUGUCGCUCCUACCGUGGCUUCUGUUGCUCCUCCUACCCUGGCUCCUGCUGCGGCUCCUCCUACCGUGACUCAUGCUGUGACUAUUCCUGUCGUGACUCAUGCUGCGACUCCUGUUUUUGCACAUAGAUGUGUUCUUCCAACCCCGACUUUUGCUCAUGCUUCUGUUUUUGCACCAGACCGCGCAGUUUUUGACAACCCGCUCACCGCUCCGACUUCUAGUUUUGCGUCAGGACGUGCAAUUUUGGACUAUUCGUUCACUGCUCCGGCUCCUGCUCCAAAUUUUGUACGAGGACGUGAGGGUUUUAACUAA